UAUCUCCGUCCAACCAGCAGCAGGUACCUGCCGAACCGGUCGGUGCAGUACGUUCUGUGUUUUUAAGCAGCGCUGCAGAUUGAUUGCUUUUAGUUUUGGGUUUCCAUCAUGAGAGCGGUGUCCUACAAGCGGCCGGUCCUCAUCGCGGGCUGCGUUGGGUUGUUAUUUUACCUGGGGAUGUUUCUGAUGAAUGGACAUCAGUACAGAGAGAGGACCGGCAGGUCGCUGGACUCAGACCAGGCGAUCAGGAGCUUCUCUGACCUGCAGCAAAGCUUGAACAACCUCUCCAAGGUCCUCAGAGCCUUUGAGCAAAGACAAGAUGCCAUGCAAAGAAUCCUUGAGGAGGACAGAGACUCUCAGAGAAAAGUUGCAGACGUCCUAAAGCAAGCGAUCCAAGAGCAGAAAGAGCAGCACCAUCAGGAGGUCCCACCACAAAAGAAAAAGUCCAGCCACGUGUUCCCUGGUUCCCCCCUGUUCACGGGCUGGGGGGAGAAUCUGUCUGAGGAUGAGCAAAAAGAAGCCCAGGUUCUGUUUGAGAAGUACGGAUACAACGUGUUCCUCAGCGAUCGUCUUCCUUUGGACCGAACUCUUCCAGAUACAAGAGAAAAAGGCUGUUUAACAAAGACCUAUUCCAAGGACCUGCCCACUAUAGGAGUGGUUCUGAUCUACCUGAAUGAAGCCUUGUCUAUCCUUAAGAGAGCCCUGCGCAGCAUCAUAGACCGCACGCCUAAACAUCUGCUGAAGGAGAUAAUAAUGGUGGAUGACAACAGCUCUAAUGAAAACCUGAAAGGCGACCUUGAUGCGUAUGUGAAAUCGCUCGAGGAAGAGAACCCAAGUCUCCGCAUUACCAGAGUGAGACACACUGAGCAGAAAGGCCUGGCACAUGCCAGAGUUUCUGGGUGGAGGGCUGCGACCGCUGAUGUGGUGGCCAUCCUGGACGCACACAUCGAAGUCCAUGAGCUGUGGGCUGAACCCCUGCUGACCCAGAUCAAAGCUGAUCGGACCGUGGUGGUUUCUCCUGUGUUUGACCGAGUUAACUUUGAUGAUCUGAAAGUUAUCCAUUACAUUCCUUCAGCGCAUGCAUUUGACUGGGCUCUGUGGUGUAUGUAUGAGAGCUUUUCACCCGACUAUUACAAGCUCAACGACAGCUCCCUGCCUGGAAAGAGUCCUUCGGUCAUGGGGAUCCUUGUGGCCGACAGGAAGUUUCUUGGAGAAAUCGGAGUCCUCGAUGAAGGGAUGAAAAUUUACGGUGGAGAAAAUGUAGAGCUUGGAAUUCGUGUGUGGACAUGUGGAGGCAGUAUUGAAGUUGUUCCGUGCUCCAAGAUUGCCCACAUUGAGCGCUUCCACAAGCCUUACUUGCCUGACCUGACCCCUGCUAUGAAGAGGAACGCCCUGAGGGUCGCAGAAAUUUGGAUGGAUGAAUACAAACACAACGUCAACCUGGCUUGGAAUAUUCCAUUCGAGAAUCAUGGCAUCGACAUAGGAGACAUCUCUGAGAGGAAGAAACUGAGAGAAAACUUGAACUGCAAACCUUUUAAAUGGUACCUGGAGAAUGUGUAUCCCAAGCUGGAUCCCUGGAACAACCUGCUUGCUUAUGGAGCAAUGAAGAAUCUGGAUUCUGGGUUGUGCAUAGACCAAGGUCCGGUGCCAGGUGACACACCAAUUUCCUUUGACUGCCACUACUAUGGACCUCAAAUGACUUAUUAUCGUGUAACUGGUGAGAUCUACAUAGGCGGCAUCAAGUCCCACCAGUACAACGACAACCGGUGUCUGACUGAUAGGGGGGAGAAAAACACAGUGCCGGGUGUGUUCAACUGUAAAGAGGCCAUGCAGAAAGGAAUGGGGAUAUACUGGGAUUUCACUCAGGGAAAAGAGCUGAAGAACCGGCAGGCAAAUAGAUGCCUGGAAAUUGUAAACAGGGUGCUUCUGAUCCAGGAAUGCACCGGCCAACAAUGGAAAAUCCAAAACGUCAUCAAAAACUUUUAGUGUGAAUAUUAAACCAAUAAGGCGUGCACUUUUGUGCUUAUAGGCCAAUAAAUAUUAAAACCUUUAUGUAUAAAAUGUGAAACAUAAUAAGUUGCAUAAAUGUAGCUUUACUGGUAAACGCUGGUGUGAAAUUGUGCUUAUUUAUGUAAAGAUAAGGCUGCCAAAGAUAUCUUUAGUUUUUUUUUAUCAAUAAUAUAAGUAGAGGUUUGUUGCAUAUAGAAGCAAAUAAAUUGUAACUUACAAUAAAAUCCAUCAAAGUAUAAUUGUAUGUCUAGAAUGUUAUUUAAGAUGUGAGCCUCUGCAAGCUUUUGUUUCCUUGAACUGGUUGGUUAGUUCUUUUAAACAGUAUUGUUGUGAAAUGCCUACUGAGUUUGGCCUGGUCUUUAUUAUAACAGAUGACAUCACUCAUUCUACUCUGCAGGUUUAAACGAUGCUGAAACAGAUGUAUCAAGAUUGUUUUACAUUGUAAAGUAGAAACAGUCAUGUUAGUCUUACGUAUGUCAUAUGGACUAAAUACUUGACUUUU